UUUUCGCUCGUCAUCUCCUUGUUUUAAUAAAUUGAAAAUUUUCCUAGGUAGAAAUUGUGACCAAGUAAAGGAUGGAAUACACGCGCCUGGACUACUGAAAACUACAACACAACUGGAAAGCGUUGAGUUUAUAUUCCGGCAACUCUUGGAAUCAAAAUCAUUGUCAUUUCUCGCGAUGUUUGGACCUCCACGAUUGGGACCACCGGGCUGCGCACCGCCGCCAAUGUGCCUGCCAUCAGUGCGACCGCCGGUGGUGUGCCCACCCCCGAUUGUGUGUCCUCCUCCGCCUGUACGUCCGCCUGUAUGCCCGCCUCCUCCGGUGUGUCCACCCCAACCUCUUGCUUGUCUACCUCCGGUUCAUCCGUCGCUGCCCGUUGUUGUACCCCCGCCACCUCCACCAGUGGUGAUACCGCCGCCACCGCCAGUUGUUCCGCCUCCUAAACCACCCGUUCAUCCGCCGCCACCACCGGUCGUACCCCCACCACCCAAACCGCCCCCUCCCAUACCUCCGCCUCCGAAGCAGCCGCCUCCGCCAACCAAGCCGCCUCCUACCGCUCCUCCACCAACUAAACCGCCUCCCACCAAACCACCUCCUACUAAGCCUCCACCAACCAAACCACCUCCCGAGUGCCCGCCCCCAAAGCAACCGCCUCCCACCUGUCCUCCGCCGGAAAAACCACCUCCGAAAUGCUCGCCGCCUACUGCACCGCCACCGGAAAAACCUCCGCCCACUUGUCCUCUGCCGACUAAACCACCUCCUGAGUGUCCUCCCCCACUUAAGCCACCUCCCGAGUGCCCGCCGCCGACUAAACCUCCGCCAGAAUACCCUCCACCAGGAAAACCCAAUUGUCCGCCGGAAAAACCUCCUCCCGAGUGUCCUAAACCACCACCAGCAUGCCCACCUCCGACUAAUCCUUCUCCUCCAGAGUGUCCGCCUCCAGAUAAACCGCCUAGCAAAGAGUGCCCACCACCACCGGUCCAUCCAGUUCCUGACAAACCCUAUCCAACUCAACCAGGAUCGCCUCGAAAAUGCCCCCCUCCUUGUCUACCUCCCUCUACCUGUCCUCCUGGAACAGAUUCCAAGCCCACUGAUGGAAUGCCAACAACGAAACCAACGUCCAAUUCUGUUAAUACUUCUCCUCCCGAUACGAAGACGAGCAGAACGACUGUGGCUGUUGGUGUCGGCAGUCGGUGCUACCGUUGGAGGGAGCACAAACACCUCAGAAGCGGCGACAGAUACAAGUGGAGACCUCGUCGACUCUCUCGGCGUCAAACUCUCCACUGGAUGCUUAUACAAAAUCCGUUUUGCUGAUGGCACUGAACUUGGUUUUGGUCACCUCGGGUUGGGUAGCACAAUCGGCCAUGUUCCGCUCGUCACUCCCUGUAAGAGCAACAGGUGGGGCCAUCUUCUCCCUCGGGGGUACAUGGAAACCAGGAAGCGUAGGGUAUCUAAAAGGGAAGUAUUCCGGGUUGGAUG